CUGUAUCAAAAUAUCAACUCAAUUAGAAUCGUUUGUCCUAUUCGUACAUUUGAUAUUUUUCUAUUACCUUCUCGUUGAUUUUUUUUCUCAUAUUUUUAAUAAUUAAUAUAAAAAACGAACUUUUCCCCUUUUUUUUUAGUUGUAUCAACGUGACAAUAAUUUCAAUAACGUAAAAUUCAUCACAAUGGCGACGAAAAGUUCUUUGCACUGUGUCGUUGGUCAUGUCAAUCGUGUUUUAUCCGUUAAUAGUGCCGAAAUUAUAUUCUUACUUGAUAAUAAAUUGCAAAAAGUUUAUCUAAAGAAAGAAAAAUAUUUUCACAAUGGCAGAUUGAUAUCUCAAGAUGAACCUUUCUACAAAUACAUUAAAUGCGGCAUGAAGGUGAAAAUUUCCUGUCAAAUUUUAAGACAACAAAGACAACGACUUUACGAAUGGAUAGCAUUGGCCUGUUGGCCAUAUGAUCAAACGCUUGGAUCAAGUGUAUGUCUUAAAGUAGGAUUACAAUAUAUUUCAGGACGUAUCUCUAAUAUAGACAAAGAUCAUGGUGUUUUGAUUACCAAAGAUACUACAGGAAUAGAAUAUAAAAUAUAUUUCUUGACGAAUAAUUUUUAUUAUCAUGGCGAAAAAUUAGACGUAUCUCAGAUUGUCCUCAAUGAGAUAAAUUCGACAAAUAUCUUUUUUGAUGCUAUACCUUGUAUUCCUGAAGAGAAUGAAUACAAUUGUGAAUGGUAUGCUACUUGUGUCUUUAAAGGAAAAAGACCAAUAAUAAACAAUAUUUUAUCUGAACCAUCAAUAAGUGACUUGGGAAUUAAAGAAAUUCUACAAAUUAUUGAAAAUUCUUUCAUCAAUCCACAAUCUGUAUUUCUAAUUGGCAAAGGAAUAUUACUGAAUACAAUGGAUAAUGACUUUGGCCUAAUUUUAGGCGAAUUUCAGUAUAACAUUUUUAAGGAAAUUUUGUUCCAUAAAAAUAAUACUUAUGUCUUUAAGAUGUGUCUAGAUAAAUAUGGUCUAACAGAUCUAUUAAAGAGAGGAGACAGAAUGAAAUUUAUCGCCGUAGGAGCUCCACCAGGUUUUUUUGUUGAAUGGAUUGCUAUACAAGUGUCAGUUUGCGAUGCUGGAGAAUAUAAAACUUCAAAAUACGAUGCUUUUUUAUCAAGUUUAUGUCAAUAAUGACAAAAAAUAUAGGUUAAGAGGUAUAUAAUAGUACAAAAAAAACCAUAAGGCUGCAUGUGAAAUCAAAGUUCCUUUAAGACUUAUUACAUAUACGUGUGUAUAUAUAUA